AUGGACCCCCUCUCCAUCAUUACCGGCAUUGCUGGCGUCGUCGGUUUUGCAGCAGCAACAACCAACGGCCCGAGAAAGCUCAUCUCCGACAUAAAUGAUACCCCCGAGUUGGUAGAAGACAUUUCCCUCGAGCUGGACGGGCUCGAUUCUAUCCUCGAGCUGGACGGGCUCGAUUCCAUCGUCGAUCUAACCCGGGACCUAAUCUCGCCCCACAAGCUGCACCCAGCACACGCCACCGCCAUCAGGAAGGUCAAGCAGAGCAGCCUCAAGCGGACAAGAAUCACAAAUACCGUGUGCGCCUUCACGGUCUGGCCCAAAUACAAAAGCUCCAUCAAAAUGCAGAAGGCGGUACUCAAGGGCAAGCGGCUGGAUCUGAUACUAGCCUUCAACAUUCUAAACGGGGCCUACCUCAAAGAGUUCCUAGUAGACAUCAAAGCCCUCUUCGACCGCGUCGCCCGCGUCGCCCACGAGUCUCUAGACACGGCAGCCGAGCAGAGCACGAGGCGCGGGAUCGAAGACUGCAUCAGCACCGUAGCUGACGAGCCUCGCCUGCAACUCGCCGGCGGCGACGACCAGACCGACGGCGGGACCGUGGUCGGCAAAUACUGGGGCCAGUUUGAAUACGCAAGCGCCCUCAACAAGCCGCCGCCCAUCGUGGCCUUUCAGGACAUCCGCGACCUGCCGGGGCGGGCCAGGCGCUUCUCCAGGCCAUCACAGCCGGGAACACUGCCGCCGUCCUUGCACCUGUGCGCACUCCUCGACGAGGGCUUCGACGCCAACAGCAGCGGCCGCGGCAUGGCCGCAGUGCACCUGGCGGCGAUGGCAGGCGACAUGGCGGUGCUCGCGGCGUUGGUCGCGCACGGCGCCGACAUCAACCGCCACGUGUCGGCCGGCGCGCUCGAGGCGCCGCGCGGGGGCUACAUCAAGCAGCUCACCGCGCUGCGCGACUGCAGCCACGAGCACAGCCCGCUGACGCUGGCCACGAACAACAUGGACGUGUUCCGGUUCCUGCUCGAGCACGGCGCCAACCCGGACCUGCGACUGCCGGUCCGCGGCACGCCGUGCCUCAACGAGGUCUGCGACAAUCUCCGCCUCGUGUCCUUGCUCGUCGAGUACGGCGCGGACGUCAACGCGCGGCUUGGUGAUGGUGUCACGCUGCUUCACGAGGCCGUGUGGGAUAACAGGUUCCUCGAGUGA